AUGACAGCCGAGAACCGGCUGCCGGGCCCCCCGCCGCCGCCCCCGCCGCUGAAGGCGGACGCGGUGCCGCCGGGAGAGGAGGCGGCGGCGGCAGCGGCGGGGGCGCGGGGCGGACGGCGCCGCCGCAAGCGUCCGGCGGAGCGGGGCAAGCCGCCCUACAGCUACAUCGCCCUCAUCGCCAUGGCCAUCGGGCAGGCGCCCGAGCGGCGACUGACGCUCGGCGGCAUCUACCGCUUCAUCACCGAGCGCUUCCCCUUUUACCGCGACAGCCCCCGCAAGUGGCAGAACAGCAUCCGCCACAACCUCACCCUCAAUGACUGCUUUGUCAAGGUGCCACGGGAGCCCGGCCGCCCCGGCAAGGGCAACUACUGGACGCUGGACCCUCACGCCCGUGACAUGUUCGAGAGCGGGUCCUUCCUCCGCCGCAGAAAACGUUUCAAGCGCAGCGACCUCUCCACCUACCCGGCCUUCCUCGCCGAGCGCCCCGCAGCUCCGUGCCGCCUCCUCCCGCUGCCGGCCCCGCCGCCCCCCGCCGACCUGCCCCCGGCGCCCGCCGCCGCCUCCUGCGCCUUCGCCACCGCCUUCCCCGCGCAGGGCUGCGCCUCCGCCGCUCUGCCCCCCGCCUACGCCCCGCUGCCCACCGCUCCCGGGCCCUACGCGCCCGGGGGCCACGGGCCGCUGUACGCGCCUUCGGGGCGCAUCGUGCUGCCUGCAUCUUCGCCCGGCCCCACUGCGCUCUACGGCCGCCGCUCCCCCGCGCCCUACCCGCCUCUGCCCCACGCCUACGGCGCCGGAGGGCAGCUGAGUGCCGCCGAGCCCGCACCGCGGCACAGCACCUACUCUGGAGGUCCCGACAGGUUCGUCCCGGCGCUCUGACCUAUCCCGGAGAGGCCCGACAGAGCGGACCGGAGCCCGUGAGACGGCGGAGUGCGGGGGUUGCCCGGCGCUGCCCAGGAAGAUGCUGAAGAACCUUCGGCUGCACCUACGCAUUCUGUCAUCUGCCCAGGCUUCCUGGCGAGGAAUGUCGCAGUCAGCCCUGGGGACGUGGGGUGUCCUGUCCAGCCCUGUCCGCUCUCGGCAGAAAAGUCCUAGGGACUCCCAAGUGCUUGGGACAAGCAGUCUCUUCUACUGCCUUUCCUGCAGCAGGUGCUCAAAGCUUCCUGCCAGGCUCCCACCCUCCCGGCACACCCAACCGGGCCCCUUCUGGUCUACCCAGGAAGACUCUUCAUGUUUAAAAGUCUCUCUGCUGUUGAUGAUUUUUUUCUUUUUUUUUUUCUUUUUUUUUUCUUUUUUUCUUUUCCUUUUUUUUUUUUUUUGAGGGAGAGAAUUAAAUGUCUGUUGGUGAGGUGAAGGAAGGAGGUAGGAGGAAUCAUUCCCUAGCGUUGUGCCGGCAAAGCUGUAAAAGCAGAAUGCAUGGCACUGAUCUGGUGGCAUGUCCCUGAUGGCUCUUGCUUUAGCGCCAGGCUUUACAUCAGUUGUGUGGCCAAGGCUGGAGAAGGUUUGGAUGCCAGGGCUGCAGAAAAACACAUCAAGUCACAUCUUUCGAGGUGCUAUGCUCUGUGCUGCAGGGGUGGGAGCAGUGGUUGGAUUAGAACUAUAAAAAUUUCUACCGUGAGCAUGCCCAGCCCCUGGAAGAGGGACACAGGGAGGCUGUGGGACCUCAGCCUUUGGAGGUCUUUCCAGCUUGAUUGGACAGAGCCUGAUCUGCCUCUGAAGUCGUAACUAACAUUGAAUCUGGACUUGUUUUGAGUGGCAACCUGAUCCUGAGGUCUGCAGAGGUACUUACACCUAAAUUACUUUGAUCCCAAGAUCAGCCCAGCUCUGUCUGUAGCCUAGAGACAUUGGCAUAUAUAGGAGAAAACUUGUUUCUGGAACACAAGAGGCAGGAUACAGUGCCUUUUCAUCUUCAGUUGCUCCACUUCCAAGCUUUCCGGGGAUCUAAAAGAGUCUGGAGAAAGAUACGGAGAGAGAACAACUAAUAGGAAUGUAUGUGAGACAAAAGCUUGAAACUAGAUCUGUGGGGAAACUCAAGCAUACCCUUCCCAACAGAUCCCACCACCCUGGAAAAUGAUCUGGAGCAGUAGUGGGUACCCAGGGCUCUGCUUGGAGCUGUGGGUAUAGAGGGAGCCGACACACUCCUGCUUCCUGGUCUUCUUAUACAGCUUCUUUUUCCAGUGGAGGUGGGGAACUUGUAUCCAGGGCCAGGAGGAUGUUGGUGAGAAGAUCCUGCAGUGUGGUGGGGCCUUGUAUGGGGAGAGGAAAUGAGAAAGUGCAGCCAGAACCUCAGCAGGGGCUUUGGAAGAACAGACAGGGUGCACAUAAACCAAAGUCUCCUUAUCAGAGGAGGGUAUACAUCAUAGUAUAACUCAGGUUGGAAAAGAUCUUGGGAAAUUUCUGUUCCAAUCUGGUACCCAAAUCAGGGUCAGUUAUGGCUCAGCCCUGUGUAGUUGAGUCUUCAUCACCUCCAAGGAUGGAGACAGCGCAAUCUCUUUGGGCAACUGGCUGUCCUUGUUUGAGAGAAGUUUCUCCUUGUACCCUCCAUUUAGCCUCUAGUCUCAUUUCAUGUUUACUGUCGCUUGUCCUACUGCUGUGCUUUGCUGCAAGGAGUUUUUGAUUCCAUGAAGACACAUGUAUCUUCUGCUCUGCAUAUUUCAGAUGAGGUCCUCAGCAGGAUGACAUUUGUUUUGAGGCAGCUUUCUUGCUUUCUGUGGGUGCUGCAGUACGCAUAUGCAGGUGGGACAUGAGAGAGGAAAUGGAGGAGAGCAGGAAGGUGGUUGGGUGUCCUCACAGCACAGCUUGGUGUGGAGAAGAGUAAAGCCUUCUUCAGUAGGUGGGCAGGAGAAGUUGUACUUCUGCCUUCCGUGGGGCUGUGAGGCAGGAGAUGAGUUUUGGACCCAAGGGUUCAGAGUGCCAGGGAUGGCACGUGGUGAGGCAGCGUCUGGGCUGGGAGGCUGAGUGACCUGACACCACUGCCCUGUGUCCAUGUAGACCUGUCUGUGGCACUGCAGGAAGCUGUUGUCCGUACACAGAGCUGAGGAGGCUGCUCCAUGUAUAGAGCCAGUGGAGGGCAAGCACAGACAGCAAGUGUAAGAACCACUCAAUUCUUUGGUGUGCUGAGGUCAGUCAGAUUAUUCCCUUCCUAUCCUUUCCGAAGAGGCGUGUUGUAUCUUCCUGGUUCUUCCUGGUCCUGGCACAUCCAGAAGCUGCCACCAUCCUGGAGAGGACUGUCUCAGCCAGGGGCAGGUCUCCCCAGCAGCUCUGCUAACACCUCUCCCAACUCUCCCUUCACCAUCGGAAGAGGACCUGUACACCCAGCUGUGCCAGCUCCUAGUAUUUUUGAUAGCUGCUGGCUCUGCUUUCAUUGCCUGCAAAGACUGGACUGUGUCACUUUGACAGCAAGCCAUGCCAACCUCUUGCUCAUUUGAGGGUAGCUGGGAGAAGAGCUGUCCUACCUUUUAAUGCCUUUCUUUCCAUCCUGUAGAAGCAGUUAUCAAUGUGGACCAGAUAAUUUUCAUAGAAUCAUAGCAGUGCUGGGUUGGAGGGACUCAUCAGGAUCAUCAAGUCCAGCUCCUGUACAUGUGCAGGACACCCCAAGAAUCAUAACAUGUGCCUGAGAGUAUAGUCCAAAUGCUUCUUGAUCUCUGUCAAGCUUGGUGCUUGCUCCCUGGAGAGCCUGUUCCAGUGCUCAGCCACCGUGUGGGGUGAUAUCCAACCUAAACCUCUGCCCAUGCCUCCAUGAAUCUUGUCAUUGGUCAUGAGAGUGAAGAGCUCAGAUGUCUUCUGGCCCUUGCUCCUCUCAUUUUGUUCUCUGCUUCAGCCCUCAUGCCAGUUUAGAGUUCAGUCUAAAAAAAGGUCACCAAUGAUGAUACAGGUUUUGAGAAAGAUGUUUCUGAACUCAGAUAGCAUGUAGGCAGUUCAGGGAGCAAAGCUCAGUGUCCGAAGGACAAGCCUGACAGACCUUGGUGACUUAGAAAGCACAGAUUGGUAGGUUGUGUGUUGUUAGCAGAGAAGGUCUAGAUGCUCGUUCUUGUUUCUCUCCAGAUCUUUUAUACCUACAAACUAGGGAAACUGGGCAUAUCUAGAUGGUAAUUUUUUUGCAGCAGGUUCAGCGAUGACCUUGCUGCAUUAAGAACCUGAGACAUGGUCAAAAACUGCUUUAACUUUGGUCAGAAACGGCUAGAAAUCCUGGUCAGAACUGUGAAGAGCUACUGGGACCAUUCAAGGGACUCUAUAUCUGUGCGGGGUAUGCACUUUGAGCUUUUUUAGGCAAAGCCAGCCUUUGCUAGUGCUGGCAGUUCUCCAACCUCCUGUUUGCAGCAGGCCUGGAGACUCCAGCAAUCCCUUCCCACCAGCACUGCUGUGGUUUUAUGGCUAUUCCAACCUCUCUGGGCUGUCAUGUAGGCUCAGGUGCCAAGGGUGUGCUGAUCACUGUGGGUCUGUCCAGGCUGUGCCUUGUGGCAGUGAGAUGUGUUGCCCCUGUGCCCACGUGUGACAUGGGACUGCCUGGCCACUGGCAGAGGAAGAUAUGCUUGUUGUGUCCUUGGGGAGCCAGGGGGUUGGGCCUUUCUGUGAGGAUAUGGGGAUAUGCCAAGGGGAUAUGUUAGACAACGGGAUUUCAGUGAAUGCUUGUGCCAUGGGGAUAUGUUAAACAUGUGGAUCUCAAUAUGUUUUUGUUUGGCACGUUGCUUGUAAUUCUCAGGCACCACCAAGAAUAAGAAAAAGAUAUGAUUUCUGUAGGUUUUAUUGUAAAUAUCUAAGAGCCUUCCUUUUAGCAAAGUUAUUCUAAGUUUCAAACUACUCUUUUGAUUUCUGUCAGAAGAGUCCAAUAAAUCUGGAUUGUAAACCUGUAGGAAACUCUUAAAUGUGAGCACUGAUAGAAGAGAGAGGGGCCUUGAAAAUGCUCAUUCCUCAAAGGACAGAGCCUCUCGGUUCCUCUUCUGCCCAUGUUCUGGUGUAGACUCCCCAGCAGCUUUGAGAAGGAAGUGGACUGUACAGCCUAGGAGAACAUUAUAUUCUGUAUUGGAGAUUUUUUUGGGGUUGUUUUUGUAUUUACUCUUCUACUUCACUUGAAAUGGAAAUAAAUCUUUGCAUUGUUUGCAA